AGCUCCAGCACAACUUCAAUAGCCUACGGCACUACAAGCUACAACCACUACACCUCACACACCAUUGACAACAAACCGAACAAGUAACGAACGCGUCAGGCGGCUCAGGCUAACGUUGGCUCAGGCUUCCUGCACCUGCGAAUUUUUAAAGUACAGAUAUGUAAAUUUUGCCGACGAAUACGUGCCUUUCUUUUGUUUUAGGGGGGGGAUUUGAGCGCCGAUUUGCAUGAGGUGCGAGAAUUCCUGUCGGGGUUGUUUUUUUCUUGUAUGACGCAAGGAAACCAACAGGAAACCUCUAUGCUGGAGUCGUCUUUUUUUCUUUAUUUGAUUUACUAUGUGAUCAAGUACGACGACCCAAUGGACGUGACUUUCAUUAUCGAAUGCUUGAACGAGAACGUUAUUCGUGAAUUCUAUAUGAGUCUGCGUUCUAUCCUGGAUCCCUACAACUGUAAGCUUCGCCCCAAUUCACAACUUUUCAUGCUUAGACAUAACAUCCCGUCUAUCAAGGACGUUAAUUCUGGUUCGAUGACCGAUAACAUCAAAAACAAGAACGAUGGCAAAAAGACAGCCAUUGGCUUUCACCACGUCAGUCGCCACACGACACCGAUUCCUAAAACCAGCGGUCGUUGUUCCAAAAAGAUUUUCGCCUUUCACUUGGCAAAUUUUUACAACUCCGGGGAAGAUGUUAACUUUGCAGUCAAAUAUCUGUCUCCUCAGAUGUUCACCAAAGUUUUUGGAUCUCUGCUUAGAGUUUUUGAAAAAACUAACGUUGAUUUAACCGAAUCGCUUAUUCAGAUGUGGACGAAGCAAUGUUUCAGUGCUGUAUUCAAUUCGGUAAAUGUAAUUUCUAACGUGGUGCCGUCUGUGGACGCAUUUCGAGAAAGAACUAAAAAUAACGACGAGAUCGCGCAGAUAGAAAAGCUUGCCGACUCCAUCAAUCCGUGGAGUAGUGGCGAAACUUUGGCGGUGGCUGCAGCGACCGUUCAAGACGAGGACCACUGGAAUGCGUGGCUUCAAAUCCCCCGCAAUCGUGCAACGAACAAGAAACUGAAAGGGGAUAUGAAUGAGGGAGAGCCUAUAAGCCAAUGCUAUCAUAAUGCCAAUGAAAAUGUAGAGUCUUUUACUCAUGACGAAACCCAUGUUAUUCAAAAUGGCAAAGAAGAUGAAAAGACUGAUGAAAAGUUCGUUGCUGCUGGGGAAGACCACGUGAGCUAUGAACAUCAGGACACAUCGCAAGAGAACAAUCAUCUAAUAAACAGUCCGAGUACUCCACUUCAAGAUGAAAAUUGGAACAACCCACUCACGUUACAAGAUGUUAUAAUGCAGUGUGAUUUACCAGUUCUCGGCAAUGGAGAUGAGGAGCAAUUCAACUUCGAUGACGUGGAUUUAUGUAAGUUUAUAUAUUAUUUAUUGCUAGAAUGCAUUUAUAACUUUUAUUUGUUUUUUACAGGCACUCCGAGACCAGUCAUUCAUCCAGAAAACACAUCCAGAAGUAAAUGGAAGCAAAGAUCAUUCGACGCAGAUUUGGAUUAUGAAGUUUAAAAAGAACGCAGUCUACUCUAUUUUGAAUCAUAAGUUUUUGGGACUGUAAAGAACUGAAAAAAAAUGUCAUG